ACAUAUUAUUGGGUUGAGUCUUUCUAGUAGAUGUUUACAACACAAAACCUCCAAAACAACGUCACCUUUAUCCUCUAAUGAAUGUGCUCUCUGUGUUCCCAGAGACAGGCGGUAUCUGCAUCGCUCCGAGGCCGUCCGACCCAGACGCAGAGAUUGUCCCAGGAAUGGCCAUGAGACCCUUCUUUGGCAUUAAGCCGGUGCUCAUGGACUCUGAGGGCAAAGUGCUGACUGGAAACAACACAUCGGGAGCUCUGUGUCUGGCUCAGCCUUGGCCUGGAAUGGCCCGAACGAUUCACAACAACCACCAGAGAUUCAUCGAGACCUAUUGUCAGCCUUAUCCUGGUUACUUCUUCACCGGCGACGGCGCCUAUCGCUCCGUGGACGGUUACUACCAGAUCACCGGCCGCCUUGAUGACGUCAUUAACGUGAGCGGCCACCGGAUCGGGACGGCGGAGAUCGAGGAUGCAGUGAAUCAGUGUCCUGCAAUAGCCGAAUCUGCCGUCAUAGGAUACUCGCACGACAUCAAAGGACAAGGUGUUUACGCCUUCGUGGUGCUUAAAAAGAACGCAGAUAUCGGAGAGGCAGACUUGUCCAGGCAGCUAAACAACGUCGUCGCUGAAAAAAUUGCAAAGUACGCUUGUCCGGACUUCAUCCAGUUUGUCCAGCGGCUGCCAAAAACACGCUCGGGGAAGAUCAUGCGACGGGUUCUACGCAAAGUGGUGGAGCUGGACCUGGACAGCCUGGGAGACCUCAGCACGCUGGACGAUCCGGCAGCAGUUCAGGAGAUUAUUGAAGGACACCGUGAGCUCCGGAGUAAAUGACGUGUCUAAAAACAUUCAUAUCUACGGAGGAGCGUGGACGUCAUGCUUGCACGUUGCUCUCUGUGUUUCAAUGAACCACCCUCGUGCCUCACUUCCAAAGAUGAUUUUUAAGACCAAAUUUUAUUGUAGAAUUUUUUUAUGAAAUCAACAACUCUUUACAACUGUUUGUAUUGCCACAGAUGUGCCCCACUCAAGGGCUUAUCAUAAAGAACAUUGUGUGUUAUAAUGCCACAUUGUGACUGUAAACAUAUUACAGUGACCUGCAAUCUCAUAAAAGCACACAAGAAUCACAGAAAAGAGUUUUUUCUUUCCUGAUUUUUGUCACAACACAACAUUUUGGUUGGUUUCUGACCCACAAAGCUUCCUCCAGAUCAUGAACUUCUUAGGAAAAAUGUUGCAUUCCUGCCUGUUUUUUAAAAUCAAGAACGAUAGAUAUAAAUGUUUAUAUCUCAAACUGCCUUUAGACUAAUAAAUACAUACAAAACUG